GCUCCAGGCGUGCGCGCUGACGUCUCCUCGCAGCAACAAUGGCGUCCUCCUUUGGCGUGUGUAGGUUACAUAUGAGGGGAUGGGGCAGCUUGGCAAAGUCCUUUCCAAAGACUGAGGCGUGUUUUCAAAGAAAGUUUGGGACAAACGCUGCCGCCGCGCAAGCCGAAGUGCCCAGGAAAGAAGAAAUUGAGGAAAAGGCUGCACCCAAGCCCUUUAUCGAUGUCCAGGCAGAGAGACAAGAACAAGCUGAGAGAUCUGUGCUCAUCAGCUGCCAGUCCAAAACCAAUGAGAAAAAGUUCCUUAAGCUUUUAUCAAAACAUGGAGACAUCAAGAAAUAUUUCUAUUAUGAAAGCUAUGGCACUUAUGCGGUGGUGGAGUUUGCCAACAAGGAAAGCAUUGCUUCGUUGCUUGAAGCCACCGCCAUUCCUAGCGUCAAUCAUGAAUCCACAGUACCGUUCAAAUCAAGACUGCUGUCACUCAGGGGUUCUGGUCCCGCCGAGCAGUCGCGCCUUCAGUGUGAACCACAGACCACCAUCCCCAUCAAUGAGCUCAUACAGAGACUGUCCCGAGAGGAGAGUGUAGACCGACAGGUAACCUCUCUGACAGAAGCCUACCAGCUAACAGAGGAGAACGUCCAUCUGCGCUUCCUGGUGUGCUCUCUGGUCAAGGAUAUUGCUGCUGCUUAUUUCCCAGAAUGCAUCAUCAGGCCGUUUGGGUCGUCAGUGAACGGCUUCGGAAAGCUUGGCUGUGACCUGGACAUGUUUCUAGACCUGGAUGGCAUCAGUGGAAGGAACAUAAAAGUGCCAAAAACAGGUUUGUCCUUGGAGUACCAGAUGAAGCGGGCCAGCUCGGAGCGGGCCGUCACCCAGAGCAUCCUGUCCGUCAUCGGGGAGUGUGUGGACCAGUUUGGGCCCGGCUGUGUGGGGGUGCAGAAGAUCCUUAAUGCUCGCUGCCCCCUGGUCCGCUUUGCCCACCAGCCCUCUGGUUUUCAGUGUGACCUUACAGCCAAUAAUAGGGUGGCGAUGAAGAGCACAGAGCUGCUAUACCUGUACGGAGCGCUGGACCAGCGGGUGCGCUGCAUGGUGUUCACCGUGCGCUGCUGGGCCAGAGCUCACGGCAUCACCAGCAGCAUCCCUGGAGCCUGGAUCACAAACUUCUCCCUCACUGUCAUGGUGCUGUUCUUCCUGCAGAGGAGGAGCCCUCCCAUAAUCCCCACCCUGGACCACCUUCAGGAGCUCGCAGGCCCUGGAGACAAGAGUGUGAUUGAGGGGAACGACUGCACGUUUGUCAGCGACUUCAGCAAGAUCCAGCUCCAUAACAACACAGAAACACUAGAGCAACUGCUGCGCGAGUUCUUUGAGUUCUACGGCAGUUUUGCAUUCACCAAGAUGUCCAUAAAUAUCAGAAAGGGAAAAGAGCAGAACAAGCCGGAAGUGGCCCCGCUGCACAUUCAGAACCCCUUUGAACCCUCCCUGAACGUCAGCAAGAACGUUAACGGCACCCAGCUAGAACGCUUUGUGGCCCUGUGCCAGGAGAGCUCCUGGCUACUUCAGCAGAGUGACAUCAGCACACCCAGAGGCGGCAGUGAGGGCCAAACCCCUGUGCCUUGGGGACUGGCCACCCUCCUCCUACCCUCCCAGGUUGCAGUGAUCAAAGGUCGCAAGAAGAGGAAGCGGGAACCGGCCAGUGAGAGAAUAAAGAGCUUGCUGGAAUCCUUGAAGAAUAAAAACCAGCAAAAGAAGAGCUAAGACACUUUAAGAUGUCAGAAAUCAGUUCCCUCACCCUCUCCGUACUUCUCACUAUGUAUUGAUCGAAACCAUGCGGUGUUACUGUCUGAUGCCUCGGCUAAGAGGUGAGGAGAGAGCAGGACACUUAGCAGGUUCUGCAGUGGAUGCAGCUCCAGCACAUACAAUUUUGAGACUGGCUUGCAGUUUCAAAUAUGAACACUUGAGGGUGCUACUGAGGCCUCUACAGCCACAUGCAUGGGCCCAGGCGCAAGGAAGAAAUUGUUGAAACUGAUGCAAGACCUACCAAAUGCUCAUUAAGCGGCAAAAACAUCCACAUUAUCCACAUUUGCAAAAUUGUGUACAUUUAAACGAUAACUUACAGUGACUGCCAAGACCAUCUGUUUUUGUUUACGUUUAACAAAAUCAUUAUGGAUGUCAGAGUUUUUUUAUUACAUCAGUGUCACAAUAUGGACUUAAUUACCAAGAUUUCACUGUAAACUGAAAACACUUUAGGGUUGAGCGUCAUGCUGUUUUAAAUAAAUUAUGGGGAAAAUGGUA